UUCGCGGAAGCUUCAGGUCACGUGACCAACUGUUAGAGAUGCUUGCCUAGUCACGCAAGGAUGUUUUAACGUUUUUGUACUUGUGUUUAUUUUUAAAGCAAUAUUUAUGUGUGGGAAUCUGCUUAAAUGAGCGCGAAUUCGUGUUUGUUUAGUGCACGUUUAACACACAGUUCUGAGACAUUAUGUACUAGAGAGAACUGAGCAACGGAAAACAGUUUCUUUCCUCUUUUUCUCCUACAACCGGAUACACAUGUCGCUUGAUCUUCUGAGCUGUAAAAAGGGAUGGAUGUAUAUGCUGGAUGAAGAUGUAGAGUGGAGGAAGCAUUGGUUCGUUGUCUCUGACUCAGCACUGAGAUAUUAUAGAGACUCUGAGGCCGAGGAGAGAAAUGAGGCGGAUGGUGAGAUUUGUUUACGUCACUGUUUGCGAGUGGAGGAAUUUGAUGCUGAUAAAAACUAUGGACUUCAAUUGCAUAUGCGUGAUGGAGCGGUGACCCUGUCAGCGAUGACCUCCAGAAUCAGGAGGAACUGGAUCGACACACUGAGGAGCAGAGUCUCAUUCACGAAUUCAGCUGAAAGCGUCCGACACCCAGACAUCAGCGACAGAGAGAACUCUAGUUCCCAGAAUGCACCACCCCGAACCUCUCCCGCACCCCAUGAGCCGGGGUCAGAUGUCGGCGGUCCGUAUCAGGAUGAACCCAACACAGGGUCCUCAGCGUUAACCAACCAGAAUGAGGCCGGUGAGGGGCGCGACCGAGAGCUCGAAAGACGUCUGGAGGAACGGACCAAGUGCUUUCAGGAGAGAGUUUGCAACAGGGAGGGCAAAGACCCCUGGGACAGGGCUGAGUUGAAGAAGGGGGUCGUGAGUUCUGUGCAGGUUCCUGAUGCUCAGAUGGGGCCAGACGUCGAGAAGAAGUGGACGGACUUUGAGCAGCUUCCAAUCGUAGAAAAGAGGUCACCGGUUGGUUCCCAGAAUCUGCAAACGACAAAUGAGGUGCUUCAGCGAGAGGUGGUGUCUCUGAGGCAGCAGAUCGAGGCUCUUCGUCAGGUCCGUGUGCGGCCCAGCGUCUGCGGUCCUGAUGCGCCCUGCGCUCUGAAACUGGAGCAGAUGGAGAAAGAGCACAGAGAGAGACUUCAGAAGAUACACGAUGAGCACGAGAGAGACUGCAGAGAGAUUGAGACAGACAAACAGAGACUGCUGCAGGAGGAAGCCAAGAACGCAGUCCAAGCGAUGGAGGCUCUGAGGAAAGCUCAUCAGGAGGAGAUUGAGAAGCUGAGGAGUCAUGGAGGAGCAGAGACCAAAGACCCCUCGAUCAGACAACAGCUGCGCGAGUCGCUCUCUCUGCAGCAGGAGUUGGACGGUCUGUCCGAGCGUUAUUCCCAGCAGUGUGUGGAGCUCAACCGCAUCCAGAACAGCACUGAAGAGCAAAACGGAGAGAUCCGACAGAAGGAGAGAGAGAUGGAGCAGCUCCGCCAAGAGAACCAGGAACUGCAGGCACAUCUGACGGAGGAGAUAAGUCUCAUGCGAUCCUUCAUCACAGGCCAGAGGUCAGGAGUUGUUCCCCUCAGCAGCUACGAAAGGAGCACCUCUGAAUUAGAGAUGUUACUGAAGGUGAAGGAGAGCGAGGUGGAGUUUCUACACAAGGAGAUCAGCUGUCUCAGAAAAGAGGUCCAAACUCUUACUAAGGAGAAUGAAGUAUUGAGCGAGCGCUACAAGCAGGUGUAUGUGGAGCUGACUGAAUUACGGGGCCGCAGUGAGAGAGACAUCAAUGCACUUAAAGAACACCUCAAACUCACUAAUGCUGCUCUGGAGGAGGGGCGUCUCCUAGCCAACAGCACUGACCAAUGAGAGCACAGAUGGAUGGGAUGCAUUGGGUUCUCCAUCUCAAUAAGUCAUAUACAGUGUAUAAAGGCUAUUGUUAUGUGGAGCUCUUUUUUAAAAAAUAUUAUUGAUUAGAAACUACAAUGGUGCUGAAAGUGUAUAAAUACUGUAGGCUUUCAAGACAAGAUAUAUUUUAAUUUAAACCCAAUAAUAAUAAUAAAAUGA